AUGGCUGAAGACGAAAAACACAGUACAGCAAAACCUAAAUCAAAAAAAUACCGUAAAGACAAACCAUGGGAUACUGAUGAUAUAAAUCACUGGAAAAUCGAACCAUUCACACGAGAAGAUAACCCAUAUCCAUUUACAGAAGAGUCGUCGUUUGCAACAUUAUUUCCAAAAUAUCGUGAAAAUUAUUUAAAAGAAGUAUGGUCUCAUGUCACCAAAGCUUUAGAGAAAAUAGGAGUUGCAUGCGUGUUGGAUUUGAUAGAAGGUAGUAUGACAGUAAAAACUACACGAAAAACAUAUGAUCCCUAUGUAAUUAUGAAAGCUCGUGAUUUAAUUAAACUUCUGGCUAGGAGCGUUCCGUUUCCUCAGGCUGUUAAAAUCCUUGAAGACGGUGUAGCAUGUGAUAUUAUUAAAAUUGGUAAUAUAAUUGGAAAUAAAGAAAGAUUUGUGAAAAGACGACAAAGAUUAAUUGGACCAAAUGGAUCAACUCUCAAAGCUAUUGAGCUAUUGACUCAAUGUUAUGUGAUGGUUCAAGGAAAUACAGUAUCAGCUAUGGGAUCAUACAAGGGAUUAAAAGAAGUUAGAAGAAUAGUUAUUGAUUGUAUAAAAAAUAUUCAUCCAAUUUAUCAUAUCAAAGAAUUAAUGAUAAAAAAAGAACUAUCUAAAGAUCCAAAAUUAAAGAAUGAAUCGUGGGAUCGUUUUUUACCUCAUUUUAAGAAACAAAAUGUUAAAAGACCAAAGAAAGUUAUCAAAAAGAAGAACGAAUAUACCCCUUUCCCGCCUGCUCAAACUCCUAGCAAAGUUGAUUUGCAAUUGGAAUCUGGUGAAUAUUUUCUUAAGCCACAGGAAAAAGCUAUUCACGAAUUGGAGAAAAAGAAGGAGAGACAAAAAGAGAAUACAUUAAAACGUAAAGCAGAAAGAGAAAAAGCAUUCGUACCACCUGUUGAAGAAAAGUUAAAAAGAAAGAAGAAACAAAAAACUGUUGAAACUGAUUCAUAG